CUUGUCGGAGUACCUACUCAGACUUCUUCUGUCCAGGUGAGAUGCAUGAUUUAUGAUCUGGAAUAAACUUCCAGGGAGCGAGGAAGCAGCAGACCACUCGAUGAUGUAAACAUAGGGACACAGUUUCGGGUCCAAAAUGACUGUCAAAGUGUACCAACUUGUCGGAAUACCUACUCAGACUUCUUCUGUCCAGGCCCCAGGCAGCGCAGAAGAAGAAGAACAAGCACGCGGCUCGGACCGAAGCGUCCAAGUGGUGGCAAAAAAGGCAAAAGAAAGAAGGGGAAAGUUAAGGGUCUGUGGUACUGAAGUGGAGAGGACGUCGUGGGAAGUAGGAGGACCGCGACCACCCUGCAGAACUCGCUCUUCCCCGGAUGGUGAACUCCUCGCCUCCUGCCCCGGAUGCUGGACCCCAGCGGUCGUCAUGGAAACGCUCCCCUUGGCCUGGUCCAACCAGUCGACGGUCUCCCUCCCCAUCUUCAACGCCAGCUGCCGCUUUGACGAGGAGUUCAAGUACGUCCUCCUCCCCGUCUCCUACGGCCUGGUGUUCGUGCUGGGCUUCCUCCUCAACGCCACCGCCUUGUGGACCUUCGCCAAGAUGCGCCCGUGGAACCCCAGCGUGGUCUUCAUGUUCCACCUGGCGCUCACCGACUUCCUGUACGUGCUGUCGCUGCCCACGCUGGUCUACUACUACGCCAACCGCAGCCACUGGCCCUUCGGCGUGGCGGCGUGCAAAAUAGUGCGCUUCCUCUUCUACGCCAACCUGUACUGCAGCAUCCUGCUGCUCACCUGCAUCAGCGCGCACCGCUACCUGGGCAUCUGUCACCCCAUCAAGGCGCUCACCUUGGUCAAGUCCCGCCACGCUCACAUGGCGUGCGGCGCCGUGUGGGCCGUGGUGGCCGUCUGCCUGGUGCCCAACCUCGUCUUCGUCACCACCUCUAGGCGGGACAACGACACCAUCUGCCACGACACCACCAGCCAGGACUCCUUUGAGGAGUACGUGGACUACAGCUCGGUCGUAAUGACGCUGCUCUUCGGCGUCCCCUUCCUGGUCAUCGUGGCGUGCUACUGCCUGAUGGCGCGGGCCUUGUGCCGACCCAGACAGGGCCUGGCGGGCACCGCCUCCCGGCAGAAAUCCAUCAAGCUCAUCAUCGUGGUCUUGGUCGUGUUCGCCGUCAGCUUCGUCCCCUUCCACAUCACGCGAACUCUCUACUACACCGCCCGGGUUCUGGACCUGGACUGCAGAGUCCUCAACAUUGUCAACUUCACCUACAAGAUCACCCGCCCGCUCGCCAGCGUCAACAGCUGCAUCGACCCCGUCUUGUACCUCCUGGCCGGCGACCACUACCGCUCCAAGCUGGUCUACGCCCUGACGGGACGUAGGCAGGCCACCAGAAGUCAAGCCCCCUCUGAGGCUCCGCUCAACAGGAACACGAACCUGGCUCUGGUCUAUAAGAACCUGAACAGCAGUAGCCCAAAGACAGACGGAGGAAUCUCAAACUAAACACUAAGCUGGUCUACGCCCUGACGGGACAGAGUCAGGCUGCCAGGAGUCAGGCGCCCUCUGAGGCUCCGCUCAACAGGAACUCAAACCUGGCUCUGGUCUACAAGAACCUGAACAGCAGUAGCCCGAAGAUAGACCAAGGAAUCUCACACUAAAGACUAAGCUGGUCUACGCCAUGACAGGACAGAGGCAGGCCGCCAGGAGUCAAGCGCCCUAUGAGGCUCCGCUCAACAGGAACUCACACCUGGCUCUGGUCUUCAAGAACCUGAACAGCAGCAGCCCAAAGAUCAACCGAGGAAUCUCAAACGAAACACUAAGCUGGUCUAUGCCCUGACCACUAGGACUCAAGCGCCCUCUGAGGCUCCGCCCAACAGGAACUCAAACCUGGUUCGGGUCUAUAAGAACCUGAACAGCAGUAGCCCAAAGAUAUACUGAGGAAUCUCAAACUAAAGUCUAAGUUGGUCUACGCAACUGACAGGACCGAGGCAGGCCACCAAGAGUCAGGCGCCCUCUGAGGCUCGGCCCAACAGGAACUCAAACCUGGCUCUGGUCUACAAGAACCUGAACAGCAGUAGCCCAAAGAUAGACCAAGGAAUCUCAAACUAAAGACUAAGCUGGUCUACGCCCUGACGGGACAGAGGGAGGCCAACAAGAGUCAAGCGCCCUCUGUGUUUCUGCUCAAAAAGGAACUCAAAACUGGCUCUGGUCUAUAAAUACCUGAACAGCAGCAGCCCAAAGAAAGACCGAGGAAUCUCUAACUAAACAUUAAGCUGGUCUACGCCCUGACAGGACAGAGGCAGGCCACCAGGAGUCAGGCGCCCUCUGAGGCUCUGCCCAACAGGAACUCAAACCUGGCUCUGGUCUACAAGAACCUGAACAGCAGUAGCCAAAAGAUAGACCAAGGAAUCUCAAACUAAAGACUAAGCUGGUCUAUGCCCUGACGGGACAGAGGCAGGCCACCAGGACUCAAGCGCCCUCUGAGGCUUCUCCCUACAGGAACUCAAACCUGGCUCUGGACUACAAGAACCUGAACAGCAGUAGCCCAAAGAUAGACAGAGGAUUCUCAAACUAAACACUAAGUUAGCCUACGCCCUGGUAACUAGGUCUCAAGCGCCCUCUGAGGCUCCACCCAACAGGAACUUGAACCUGGCUCUGGUGUACAAGAACCUGAACAACAGUAGCCCAAAGAUGGGCCGAGGAAUCUCAAACUAAAGACUAAGCUGGUCUACGCCCUGACAGGACAGAGGCAGGCCACCAGGUGUCAAGCGCCCUCUGAGGCUCCGCCCAACAGGAACUCAAACCUGGCUCUGGUCUAUAAGAAACUGAACAGCAGCAGCCCAAAAAUAGGCAGAGGAAUCUCAAACUAAACACUAAACUGGUCUACGCCCUGACGUGAAGGAGGCAGGCCGUCAGGAGUCAGGCACCCUCUGAGGCUUUGCCCAACAGGAACUCAAACCUGGCUCUGGUCUACAAGAACCUGAACAGCAGUAGCCCAAAGAUAGACCAAGGAAUCUCAAACUAAAGACUAAGCUGGUCUACGCCCUGACGGGACAGAGGGAGGCCAACAAGAGUCAAGCGCCCUCUGUGUUUCUGCUCAAAAAGGAACUCAAAACUGGCUCUGGUCUAUAAAUACCUGAACAGCAGCAGCCCAAAGAAAGACCGAGGAAUCUCUAACUAAACAUUAAGCUGGUCUACGCCCUGACAGGACAGAGGCAGGCCACCAGGAGUCAGGCGCCCUCUGAGGCUCUGCCCAACAGGAACUCAAACCUGGCUCUGGUCUACAAGAACCUGAACAGCAGUAGCCAAAAGAUAGACCAAGGAAUCUCAAACUAAAGACUAAGCUGGUCUAUGCCCUGACGGGACAGAGGCAGGCCACCAGGACUCAAGCGCCCUCUGAGGCUUCUCCCUACAGGAACUCAAACCUGGCUCUGGACUACAAGAACCUGAACAGCAGUAGCCCAAAGAUAGACAGAGGAUUCUCAAACUAAACACUAAGUUAGCCUACGCCCUGGUAACUAGGUCUCAAGCGCCCUCUGAGGCUCCACCCAACAGGAACUUGAACCUGGCUCUGGUGUACAAGAACCUGAACAACAGUAGCCCAAAGAUGGGCCGAGGAAUCUCAAACUAAAGACUAAGCUGGUCUACGCCCUGACAGGACAGAGGCAGGCCACCAGGUGUCAAGCGCCCUCUGAGGCUCCGCCCAACAGGAACUCAAACCUGGCUCUGGUCUAUAAGAAACUGAACAGCAGCAGCCCAAAAAUAGGCAGAGGAAUCUCAAACUAAACACUAAACUGGUCUACGCCCUGACGUGAAGGAGGCAGGCCGUCAGGAGUCAGGCACCCUCUGAGGCUUUGCCCAACAGGAACUCAAACCUAGCUCUUGUCUAUAAGAACCUGAACAGCGGUAGAUGGAUUGAGGAAUUUCAAACUAAACACAGUUUUUGGUAUUUGCGCUGACUAUUCAUUCAAGUCUUGUGACCUUGUUAGUCCGGAGACACUGGCAGCCCACUCAGAUACACUGGUGUCCAAAGUCUUUGCCCCUGUUCACACUGCAGGUCAAUUCCCAGUUCCCAUAUUGCGACCAGUACCGGAUUUUUUCAUGUCCGUUCCGAACGUUUUAUAUCCAACCCAGGUAUGUGGAAAUAAAUCGGAUACAUCUACAAUGCGUCCUGGAUGUGAACGUUCAUCUGAACGAGGAUGUUGUAGUCGUAAUGAUUUGUGCAGUCCUUUAAGACAUUUGUGAUUUGGGGCUAUAUAAAUAAACAUUGAUUGAUUGAUUGAUUGAACAGAACGCAGGGCUCGAACAGACGCUGGCUUUUGAACGUUGCGCCUAUAACAAGCCAGGUGGUUCUUAUCCUCUUUGGUCCGGAGGACACGACGUCCACAGUUUCCAAAAACAAUUUGAAACGUGGACUCGUCAGACCACAGGACAAUUUUACACUUCGCAUCAGUCCAUCUUAGAUGAGCUCAGGCCGAGUGGAGCUGGCAGCGUUUCUUGGUGUUGUUGAUAAAUGGCUUCGACUCUGCAUUGUAGAGUUUUAACUUGCACUUACAGAUGUAGCGACCAACUGUAGUUACUGACAGUGGUUUUCUGAAGUGUUCCUGAGCCCAUGUGGUGAUAUCCUUUACACACUGAUGUCGCUUUUUGAUGCAGUACCGCCUGAGGGAUCGAAGGUCACGGGCAUUGAAUGUUACAUGCAGUGAUUUCUCCAGAUUUUCUGAACCUUUUGAUGAUAUUACAGAGCGUAGAUGGUGAAAUCCCUAAAUUCCUUGCAAUAGCUCGUUGAGAAAUGUUGCUCUCAAACAAUUCGCUCACGCAUUUGUUCAAAAAGUGGUGACCCUCGCCCCGUCUUUGUUUGUGAAUGUCCGAGCAUUUCAUGGAAGCUGCUUUUAUACCCAAUCAUGGCACCCACCUGUUCACAAUGAGCCUGUUCACCUGUGGGAUGUUCCAAAUAAGUGUUUGAUGAGCAUUCCUCAACUUUCUCAGUCUUUUUUACCACUUGUGCCAGCUUUUUUGAAACACGUCGCUGGCAUCCAUUCGAUAAUUAACUACUAUUUGCAAAAAAUAACCAGUGUGUACGUUAAAGAUCUUGUCUUUGCAGUCUAUUCAAUUGAAUAUAAGUUGAAAAGGAUUUGCAUA